GUGAGCGAGAGGAUGCUGGCGGGGGGCGCGAGGAGCAUGCCCAGCCCCCUCCUGGCCUGCUGGCAGCCCAUCCUCCUGCUGGUGCUGGGCUCGGUGCUGUCAGGCUCCGCCACGGGCUGCCCGCCCCGCUGCGAGUGCUCGGCCCAGGACCGCGCCGUGCUCUGCCACCGCAAGCGCUUCGUGGCGGUUCCGGAGGGCAUCCCCACCGAGACCCGCCUGCUGGACCUGGGCAAGAAUCGCAUCAAAACGCUCAACCAGGACGAGUUCGCCAGCUUCCCACACCUGGAAGAGCUAGAGCUCAACGAGAACAUCGUGAGUGCCGUGGAGCCCGGCGCCUUCAACAACCUCUUCAGCCUCCGGACGCUGGGGCUGCGCAGCAACCGCCUGAAGCUCAUCCCCCUGGGCGUCUUCACCGGCCUCAGUAACCUGACCAAACUGGACAUCAGCGAGAACAAGAUUGUCAUCCUGCUGGACUACAUGUUCCAGGACCUGUACAACCUCAAGUCGCUGGAGGUCGGCGACAACGACCUCGUCUACAUCUCCCACCGAGCCUUCAGCGGCCUCAACAGCCUGGAGCAGCUGACACUGGAGAAAUGCAACCUGACCUCCAUCCCCACCGAGGCGCUGUCCCACCUGCACAGUCUCAUCGUCCUGAGGCUCCGGCACCUCAACAUCAAUGCCAUCCGGGACUAUUCCUUCAAGAGGUUGUACCGGCUCAAGGUCUUGGAGAUCUCCCACUGGCCCUACUUGGACACCAUGACACCCAACUGCCUCUAUGGCCUCAACCUGACAUCCCUGUCCAUCACACACUGCAAUCUGACCGCCGUGCCCUACCUGGCUGUGCGCCACCUGGUCUAUCUCCGCUUCCUCAACCUCUCCUACAAUCCCAUCGGCACCAUUGAGGGCUCCAUGCUGCAUGAGCUGCUACGGCUGCAGGAGAUCCAGCUGGUGGGCGGGCAGCUGGCUGUGGUGGAGCCCUAUGCCUUCCGCGGCCUCAACUACCUGCGUGUGCUAAACGUCUCGGGCAACCAGCUGACCACACUGGAGGAGUCAGCCUUCCACUCGGUGGGCAACCUGGAGACGCUCAUCCUGGACUCCAACCCGCUGGCCUGCGACUGCCGGCUCCUGUGGGUGUUCCGGCGCCGCUGGCGGCUCAACUUCAACCGGCAGCAGCCCACCUGUGCCACACCCGAAUUCGUCCAGGGCAAGGAGUUCAAGGACUUCCCGGACGUGCUCCUGCCCAACUACUUCACCUGCCGCCGCGCCCGCAUCCGGGACCGCAAAGCCCAGCAGGUGUUUGUGGACGAGGGCCACACGGUGCAGUUUGUGUGCCGGGCAGAUGGCGACCCGCCGCCCGCCAUCCUCUGGCUCUCACCCCGCAAGCACCUGGUCUCGGCCAAGAGCAACGGGCGGCUCACAGUCUUCCCCGACGGCACGCUGGAGGUGCGCUACGCCCAGGUACAGGACAAUGGCACGUAUCUGUGCAUCGCGGCCAACGCGGGCGGCAACGACUCCAUGCCGGCCCACCUGCAUGUGCGCAGCUACUCGCCCGACUGGCCCCAUCAGCCCAACAAGACCUUCGCUUUCAUCUCCAACCAGCCGGGCGAGGGAGAGGCCAACAGCACCCGAGCCACCGUGCCUUUCCCCUUCGACAUCAAGACCCUCAUCAUUGCCACCACCAUGGGCUUCAUCUCUUUCCUGGGCGUCGUCCUCUUCUGCCUGGUGCUGCUCUUUCUCUGGAGCCGGGGCAAAGGCAACACGAAGCACAACAUCGAGAUCGAGUACGUGCCCCGCAAGUCGGACGCAGGCAUCAGCUCUGCCGACGCGCCCCGCAAGUUCAACAUGAAGAUGAUAUGA